GCUUCAAAGUCUCCAAUUGAACUUUUUUGGAUGCUGGGGUUCCGCUGGCGAAUCAGAGAAGACGAAGCUUCAGCCACAAUCCAGCAAGAAUACCAGCCACAUCAAAGUGGGUCGCGACCCUGAUCCGCUCCGGCUGUGGCUCGUGCGUCCGUCACCUCUCUGUCGGGGAGCCAAAGACGGCGACAACUUCACCUAAGGUACCUCCCGCGCCGUCGCGAGAAACAACCCAGACCCGCUCGGCAGUGGACGCAGCUCGCCAGGAUGAAUCGCAAAUCAAUACUCUUGCUGCUUCUAUGCAGCUUCGUCGCUCUUGUCAGCGCAAACUCAGCACCAACAUUCUGCAAAUGCACCUGCUUCAAAAACAGCACCAUCGUCGCCCUCGGCCCCCAACACGCUGAUGGCGAAUCACCAGGCAACGCACCUCCCUCUAGCCGCGACUCCUCCUCCUCGUCACUUCUCAACAAGCGCGCCGCCUCCUCCUCCUGCUCGCAAUGCACAAAGGCUUUUUGCCUCAGCCGCGGCAUCGACUUCUGUAGCAAGGCCAAGGACGAGGAUGUCCAGACCAUGUGCUUCCAGCGCGAUAGCAACAAGGACCGCGUUAUUGUGUGGGGGUUCCUGCUGGGCACGUCGGGAUUGCUGGGCUGGGCUGUGUUUAAGAGGGCGAAUGAGCUAAGAGAGGGGAAGAGGGCGGCUGAUGCUGCUGCUGCUUCUGGGGGAAGGGGGGAUUAUAGCCAGCUUUCGCCUGCGAGGCCGAAUUGAUUUGGGAUCUGGCCAAGGGGUAUUGGGAUCUGGGAAUGGCGUUUGGGCGGUGUGAUUUGGUUUGGGGUUAUGGGUGAGGUUUAUGUAGGAAUAUCACGGGACGGAACGGCAUUAGCCUGUUUGCAUCACCAAAGUUUACGAAGUUGAUGGAGACUCAAAA